AUGUCGGGCAGCGCGCUGCAGCUCCCCUAUUGGCACAGCCAGGCGGCGGCGAAACGCCAGGCCGACGAGGGGGAGGGCAAGGGCACGGGGGGCGGCGGCAAGAAGGGCGGCGGCGCGGCCAAGGAAACGCGCACGGGGCACAAGGGCUUACAGGGGGCGUGCGCCAAACUGUUGCUGAUCACGGCACGCGAAGAGGCAGACCUCGGCGCCUGCGUCUUCAGCAAGUGGUUCGUCCCAGUAGCGGCAGGAGAGAUGCAGAAGGAAGCCGAGUCGGGAACGACUCCAGACUUCCGUGGUCGCGGGGCUCCUCACCUCCACGUCUUCAUGGCGCUGAUCGUGCACAGCGCGGCGAAGGAGAAGGGCUCGCUCGAGAAGGGCGUGGCCUCGGCGGUGGGCGACACCGUGGAGCGGUUCAACAAUGUGGUGAGCGAGCUUUCGAUGCAGCACCUCAGUCGCACUGUGAAGCACUGCCGCGAGCAGAAGAAGAAAGAGCAGGCGGAUCAGAUGGCGACGCUGUACCUGAACAGAGAUCGACACAACACGGUGGGAGUGGGGCUUUUCGAGACCUUGCCGGUGGCUAUCGAAGCAGAGGGCGGGGAGUACGUGGGCGGCCCGCAGCCGUGGGGCCCGCAAGAACGCGAGGUGUCGCGCAUGCUGGACGGAGCAUCCUGA